UUUCAUUCAAACUUGCCGUAAGAUGCAGACACAUAUAGCUUGGGUUCUUUUGCUCUCUUGGUUCCUAGGCCGCCUAGGGUCCUCUCAGUUUCUGGAGGAGCCGUGUGGAAAUAUAAUUGUACCGAAAAUCCUCAAAGGCCAAAAUGCCACUCUUCAACACUCUGCCUGGAUGGCAGCCGUAUAUAAUUCAAGUAAUGUAUUUCUUUGUGGUGGCACGCUGAUACACAAACGCUUUGUGCUAACUGCUGCCCAUUGCAUAUAUGGUCAAGUUCGCCUACAUGUGAGGUUGGGAGCAUACAACAAAACUGAACCAACAGUUCAAAAAAAUGUCGAAACAGGAAUAAACCAUCGUUUGUUCAAUGGAUUACCUGAACAGGGAAAUGAUAUAGGCCUGCUUAAGUUGGACAGCAGCGUGGUCUACGAUUUUGGCAUUCGACCAAUUUGCAUAAUUUUGGAUACAAAUGUUAGAGCCCAAGUGGACAGAAUGGCCAGGUUCAGAGCCCUUGGCUGGGGACUAACAAAACUUGACGGCCAGGAUAGCGAUAUACUUCAAACCAUCUUCGUUGACAAUUUACGUCGAGAAACGUGUGAACAAAGUCUGAGUGUGAACGUCAUUUCCAAGCAGUUAUGUGCUGGCUCCUUAUACGGAGACACCUGCUCGGGCGAUUCUGGUGGUCCAUUGAUCAACCCUGUUGAUAGAUACGGUCGUCAGGCUCAGUUCGGGAUCGUGAGCUUUGGAGGGCGGACUUGUAGUGGAAUUGGAGUUUAUACCGAUGUCACAAGCUAUGCGGACUGGAUUGAGGCUACCAUUAGGAAGUAUGACACUCCGGAUGACGAUACAAUCGCCCUACAGCCCCAAAAGUGGUUGUACAAAGACUGCGGUGGAAGUACCAUAGCAUCGAAUUUACUGGCAGACAUUUAUGGACCUAAUUUUGUGGCCCUGGGAGUGAUGAUCACAGACCAAUUUGUCUUAACAAAUCCCUGGGACUGGCCAGUAAAUGUUGCUUCCUUACAAGUUGUUGUGAGGGGAAGGCAUGAAGCAUACAGAGUUACAGGAAUCUUCAAGAACCCAGAGUUUUUUACGGCCAUCAAUGGAAUUGCUUUGCUAAAACUUAAUCGACGGGUAACGCGCCCAGAUGGAGUGAAACCGAUAUGUAUGCUUGCGAAUUUAAAAGACCAGCAGGCGGCCGUUUCUAUUAUACCUUUUAUUGUAUUCGACUAUGUGCCUGUCUAUGGAGUACCUAGAAUUUUUCAGUUUAACGUCGACGUUGUUCAUCCCUACGAUUGUAGAAUCAGAAUCCAGAGGCAAAUCGGACCGAAUCAAUUUUGUGUGGAAACUCCUCGCGGAAUAAGUGACAGAUACGGAAAUCCUGGCGACAUAUUGGGAAAAAGGAUUAUGCAUGGAAAUAUGGAACGGUUCGUUUUGCUCGGUAUUGUCAGCUAUUCAACUAAUGGAAUAAACGUUUUUACAAACGUUAUGGGGCAAACAGAGUGGUUCGCAAAUAUAAUUAAGUAUUAUUGAUUUUCACGAACAUCUCGAUUGUGUUUUCAGCAAUAAAUUUUAAAUAAAUUUUAAGAAAGGACAUUAAUA